CUUGGAACAAACUAGAAGAAGACGAGUCUCAGCGAAUUACAGCGUGACUGACCGACUGAACCGCUGGAGCAUCCCGCACCAAUCCACCCUGUUUAUGAAUCUGGCUCCUCCUCCCCGUCUCCCACUCUCGUCUGUAGUUGACGCACCGCUGCCCACCACCCAGCGCUGCUGAAGCUGAGUCUCAAUCCCUCUGCCUCUCCCUUUCUCCGGCGGAUUCUCCAUGUAUGGAUGCGCAGAGGAUAGGGAUGCUGUAGGUUGACCAAAAGACAGAGAGAAAUACAACUAAAAACCCAGACUGGUGGAGACGUUUCAAGAAGGAGGGACCGGAGGGUUCUGCUUUUGAAUGGGCAGAGGAGGAUUCACCCUCUGCGGUCGUCGAGUGUGAGCUGCGGAGGUGCCACGUGUGUGUGUGUGUGUGUGUCUGUCUAGCCAGACAGAUCUUCAGCUCCUCUGCUCACCCGCUCAUUCACCUGUGACAUGGCGGGUGCUUCGGUUAAAGUGGCGGUGAGGGUCCGACCCUUCAACUCCCGAGAGAUCGGGAAGGACAGCAAAUGUAUCAUUCAGAUGACGGGAAACACCACAACGAUCCUGAACCCAAAACAGCCAAAAGAAAACAAGAGUUUCAACUUUGACUAUUCUUACUGGUCACACACCACGCCUGAGGACAUCAACUAUGCGUCCCAGAAGCAGGUGUACAAGGACAUCGGAGAGGAAAUGCUGCUUCAUGCCUUUGAAGGCUACAACGUGUGCAUAUUUGCUUACGGACAAACCGGAGCUGGGAAAAGCUACACCAUGAUGGGACGGCAAGAGAAGGACCAGCAGGGAAUCAUUCCUCUGCUGUGUGAGGACCUUUUCACCAAGUUCAACGACAGCAAUAAUGACAACAGCAUGUCUUACUCUGUGGAGGUGAGUUACAUGGAGAUCUACUGUGAGCGUGUGCGUGACCUGCUGAAUCCCAAAAACAAAGGAAACCUGCGUGUCAGAGAGCACCCUCUGAUGGGACCAUAUGUUGAAGAUCUGUCCAAGCUUGCUGUCACUUCGUACAAUGACAUCCAGGACCUGAUGGACUCUGGAAACAAGGCCAGGACUGUGGCUGCUACCAACAUGAACGAGACCAGCAGUCGCUCCCAUGCCGUCUUCAACAUCAUCUUCACGCAGAAGAAACACGACAUGGAUUCAGAGAACACAUCAGAAAAGGUCAGUAAGAUCAGUCUGGUGGAUUUGGCUGGCAGUGAGAGAGCUGACUCAACUGGAGCUAAAGGGACCAGACUGAAGGAAGGAGCAAACAUCAACAAAUCUCUAACCACCCUGGGGAAAGUGAUUUCUGCUCUAGCUGAAAUAGACUCCGUGCCAAACAAGAACAAGAAAAAGAAGAAGGUGGAGAGCUUUAUCCCCUACAGAGAUUCAGUCCUCACUUGGCUACUCAGAGAAAACUUGGGAGGAAACUCUCGUACGGCCAUGGUGGCUGCCCUCAGUCCUGCUGACAUUAACUAUGAUGAGACUCUCAGCACUCUCAGAUACGCUGAUCGUGCCAAACAGAUCCGUUGUAACGCUGUGAUCAACGAGGACCCCAACAACCGGCUUGUGCGCGAGCUGAAAGAGGAGGUGGCUCGCCUCAAAGACCUGCUGUACUCACAGGGCCUGGGAGACAUUAUCGAGAACCUGUGCGAUUACAAGAACUUUGUGAAUAAUCGCCAGGCUGUCAAUCAAAGGGGUGAUCUUUCCACAGUGACCCAUGUCAUGACAGGAAUGAGCCCCUCCCCGUCGCUCUCGGCCUUGUCCAGUCGAGCGGGCUCCAUCGCCAACCUGCACGAUCGCAUCUUCAGCCCGGCCAGCGAGGAGGCCAUCGAGAGGCUCAAGGAAACAGAGAAAAUCAUUGCAGAGCUCAACGAGACAUGGGAAGAGAAACUACGACGUACCGAGGCCAUCCGUAUGGAAAGAGAGGCCCUGCUGGCUGAGAUGGGUGUUGCAAUGAGAGAAGACGGAGGCACCUUGGGUGUCUUCUCCCCGAAAAAGACCCCUCAUCUGGUGAACCUGAAUGAGGACCCGCUGAUGUCAGAGUGUCUGCUGUAUUAUAUCAAAGACGGCAUCACCAAAGUUGGACGUGAAAACGCCAAAACUCGCCAAGACAUUGUUCUCAGUGGGCAUUUUAUCCAAGAUGAGCACUGCACCUUCAGCAGCACCACUGGCCCUCAGGGAGAAGGAAUUGUCGUCCUGGAGCCAUGUGAAGGGUCGGAGACGUACGUUAACGGGAAGAAAGUGACCUCUGACAUUGUUCUGCGAUCUGGAAACCGCAUCAUCAUGGGAAAGAGCCACGUGUUCCGCUUCAAUGACCCAGAGCAGGCUCGCAUGGAGCGAGAAAGGACGCCGUGCGCAGAGACGCCGGUGGAGCCUGUGGACUGGGCCUUCGCUCAGCGAGAGCUGCUGGAGAAACAAGGAAUUGAUAUGAAGCAAGAGAUGGAGCAGAGGCUUCAGGAGCUGGAAGAUCAGUAUCGCAAAGAAAGAGAGGAGGCCAGUAACCUGCUGGAGCAGCAGAGGCUGGACUAUGAGAGUAAACUGGAGGCCCUGCAGAAACAAGUGAACUCUCGGUACCUGGAGUCUCCUGAGGAAGAAGAGGAGCCAGAAGAGGAAGUGCCGUGGACAGAACGUGAGACCGAGCUGGCGCUGUGGGCAUUCAGAAAGUGGCGUUUCUACCAGUUCACGUCUCUCAGGGAUCUGCUGUGGGGCAAUGCCAUCUUCCUCAAAGAGGCCAACGCUAUCAGUGUGGAACUAAAGAAAAAGGUGCAGUUCCAGUUCGUCCUUUUGACCGACACUCUCUACUCACCCCUUCCCCCUGACCUGCUGCCUCCUAAUGUGGCCAAAGAGAGGGAGAGACGACCUUUCCCCCAAACCAUCGUUGCUGUCGAGGUUCAAGACCAGAAGAACGGAGCGACACAUUACUGGACUCUAGAGAAACUCAGGCAGAGGCUGGACCUGAUGAGAGAAAUGUAUGACCGUGCUGCAGAGCUCCCCAGCAGCGCCGUAGAGGACUGUGACCACGCUCUGACCGGAGGAGACCCCUUCUACGAUCGCUUCCCUUGGUUCCGUCUGGUCGGCAGGGCCUUUGUGUACCUGAGUAACCUUCUGUACCCUGUCCCCCUGGUGCACCGUGUGGCCAUCGUCAGUGAGAAAGGAGAGGUGAAAGGCUUCCUAAGGGUGGCUGUUCAGGCCAUUUCAGCUGACGAAGAGGCCCCUGACUAUGGCUCCGGUGUGAGGCAGUCAGGCACAGCUAAGAUCUCCUUCGAGGACAAACAAUUUGAGAAGUUCCAGACUGAGUCGUGUCCCAGCACUCUUUCCCACUCCAACACCUCACAGGAGGAGCUGCGGAUUGUGGAGGGAGAAGGACAGACUUCUGAGAUUGGAAUCUCUGCAGAUGAGGUCAACAAUAACACCUGUCCUGGCGAGGAGUCACCAGAACCCCUUGAGGUUCCUCACAGCCCGGUAAAGAGUUCAGGUCUUGGUCUAGAUCUUCCUUUGGACCUCUCCCCAGAGAAAGCUCUGUCCCACCUGAAGAUCGGCAGCACCUUCACUUUCAGAGUCACCGUCCUUCAGGCCUCCAGCAUCUCAGCCGAGUAUGCCGACAUCUUCUGCCAGUUCAACUUCAUCCAUCGCCAUGAUGAAGCCUUCUCUACCGAGCCUCUGAAGAACACGGGCAGAGGACCUCCACUGGGCUUCUACCAUGUUCAAAAUAUCACAGUGGAGGUGACUAAAUCUUUUGUGGAGUACAUCAAGACUCAGCCAAUUGUCUUUGAGGUGUUUGGUCAUUAUCAGAAACAGCCCUUCCCUCCGCUCUGCAAAGACCUCAUCAGUCCACUGAGACCUACCAGGAGGCAGUUCCCCAGGGUGAUGCCCUUAUCCAAACCAGUGCCAGCCACAAAGCUCAGCACUCUGACUCGCUCCACAGCAGGACCCUGUCACGCCAAAUAUGACCUCAUGGUGUUCUUUGAGAUCUGUGAGCUGGAAGCUAAUGGAGAUUAUAUUCCAGCUGUUGUUGACCACAGAGGUGGGAUGCCCUGCCACGGCACGUACCUUUUACACCAGGGCAUUCAGAGGAGAAUCACUGUAACCAUCGCUCAUGAAACAGGAAAUGACAUCGAGUGGAAAGAGGUGAAGGAGCUGGUUAUCGGUCGUAUUAGAAACACACCAGAGGCUGACGAAACCAUCAUAGAUCCCAACAUUCUGUCCCUCAACAUCCUGUCGUCUGGAUACUUCUGGCCAAAACACAACGACAACGUCUCCUUGGGAGUUGAUCAUAGAACUUUCUACCGAUUCGAGGCUGCAUGGGACAGCUCCAUGCACAACUCCCUGCUUUUGAACAGAGUCACUCCUUAUGGGGAGAAGAUCUACAUCACCCUGUCUGCUUAUCUAGAGAUGGAGAACUGCACUCAGCCAACAGUGAUCACCAAAGAUUUCUGCAUGGUGUUUUAUUCCCGUGACGCCAAGCUGCCAGCCUCUCGUUCCAUCAGAAACCUCUUCAGCACUGGCUGCCUCCGGCCCUCUGAGAGUAACCGUGUCACUGGAGUCUAUGAAGUCACCCUCUGUCAUGUGGCGGACAAUGGAAGCCCAGGCAUGCAGCGCCGUCGCAGGCGUGUACUGGACACCUCAGUGGCGUACGUCCGAGGAGAGGAGAACUUGGCUGGAUGGAGGCCUCGCAGUGACAGCCUCAUCUUGGAUCAUCAGUGGGAGCUGGAGAAGCUCAGUUUACUGCAGGAGGUGGAGAAGACCCGGCACUAUCUGCUGCUGAGGGAGAAGCUGGAGGCAACUCUGCAGGCUGGACAAGAUGCUCUCUUCAAGAGCAGCGACAUCAGUGACUUUGCAAAGAGUCCUGUCCUCUGCCACAGUCCUGGAAGUCUCCCCCAGACCCCAGACAGCCCCAACCAGAGGCAGAGGGAGCUGGCUGCCAAGUGUCUGCGUCUGCUCAUGCACACCUUCAACAGGGAGUACAGCCAGGUGAGCAGCAGUGCCAGUGAGAGCAAGCUCUCUGAGAUGUCUGCAUCGCUCAUGAGGGACUCCUCCUCGUCUGGACUGAGCACGCUCACUCCAUCCUCCACCUGUCCCUCACUGGUUGAGGGACAUUAUGACAUAAGACACACUGACCCCAGUUCAGAAGCCUCCACACCGGAGCUGGACCCAUACAGCCCAGUGGAUAGAAAGAAAGCUCUCAAAGGAUGCACGUUUGUUCCUGACAUACAAGAGAUUCGUGUCAGCCCCAUAGUGUCUAAGAAAGGCUACCUGCACUUCCUGGAGCCCCACACCAGCGGCUGGGUGAAGCGGUAUGUGGUUGUACGCAGGCCCUAUGUCUACUUGUAUCGCAGCGAGAGGGACACCGUGGAGCGAGCUGUCAUCAACCUGUCAUCUGCCAAGGUGGAAUACAGUGAAGACAAACAGACCUUACUGCGGACUCCCAACACAUUUGCUGUGUGCACUGAGCAUCGUGGGAUUCUGCUGCAGGCCAUCAACGACAAAGAGAUGCAUGACUGGCUGUACGCUUUUAACCCUCUGCUGGCCGGCACCAUCAGGUCAAAGCUCUCCCGGAGAAAGUCGAUCCAGUCAGCCCCAGCUGCUCAGAGGAUGUGAGAGUUGAAACCAUCCUGGUUGGAAAAAAUUAAAACAAUACAAAACAAUACAAUCUGAAAGCUCCACUCACCCCCCCUGCUCUUAUAAACAUUAUUCAUAUAAACAAACUAAACAUAAAACCUUUUAGAUAACCUCCCACUUCAGGAAAACACAUAAACGCUCCUCCUGAAACCUAAAAGACAUCCCUCCUCUGUUUUUGCAGUCGCCCACAUUAAGACCCUGCAUGCUGUGCUCCCUCCUUCCCUUUAGAAUAACACAUAAGUCAAGCUAACCUCCUGAACCUAUUUAUUAACUAACCUCUGCUGGACAUUGGGACUAGUUUUGAUUAGUUUUACAUGUAGAAAUCUGUGAGGCUGUCAGUUCCGUGUAGAAAGUGAGUAUGUGGUCAGUCCCUCCUUCACUCAUAUUAACUGAGUUAACAGGACCCAGUUUUAUAGUAUGUGUUUCUAAUUAUCGCCAUUAGACGAGAGAGAAAUAAACAACACCUAACUUGAUGUUUUCUCUGUGUAAGUGCAUGGAAGAAACAUGCACCCAAUCUAUACUGUACAUUACCUCAGUAUGAAACAGCUUAUUGCUACAGCACAGAGCAUUUGUUUAACUGCAGAGGUAAUAACAGAUCUGUUAUUGUAAUGCUGAAGUAGCAGGAGGAGGGUGAUUAGGACAAAAUGGUACAUUGUUCUUGUUUUGUUUUAUUUUAUAACUGGCUCUGUAUAGAUCAUCAGCUGACUGAGGCAAAAAUAAUCCAGAGUAUCAAGAGAGAUAACUUAUGUUACUGCCUUGUUCCCGGUAUGUGCUUUGUUUUCACAUAAUCCCUAAAUCCUCAUGUAAAUGAUAAUGUUAUUUAUUGUUGCUAUCAUAGUUUCACUGCACUGUAAUUUACUUGUGACAGGACCAUUGACCAGUUUUGUUGCAUGGCACUUUAUUGUCUUUAUGAGUUAAUGUAUCAUUUACUCAGUUGUUUUAACCAAAGCAUUCAUUUCUUUUUUUAAGUGUUUAUAAACAUUGUGCACUUGUGCAGUUGUGUCAGCAGAUAUUUGGUAUACUAAAGUCAUAAUUUGACUUUUUGGAAAUACACUUAGUGGCUUUAUUGCCAAAGGAUAACACUCUGUAGGGGGAAGUAUGAUGCUAAUUUAAGCUAAUGCAGUUGUAGCAUAUGAGCUAGAAAUCUAAAGAUAACACAUUUUUAAUGUCUUGUUUGUUUCAGUUGUGCACAAGAUUUUGAUUUUGUGAGGAAUUGCAUAUUUAAGUCUACAAGCAAAAACUUACAGGAUAAAAAAAUCUGAUUUAAUGUGUUUAAAAACAUAUUUAAGGGUUGUUAGUAUCUAUACCUUUAAAAUAACAACAACAAAAAAGGCUUACUUAUUUCUCCCCUUUUUCUGGUUUUAUGUUACACCAAGCUAACCCUUGAUUUAACUCAGCAAAAAGACAGAAGCUCGUCCUUUGCACAGAUUGACGUGUUGUACACAGUCCCAUUCCUUCAGGACCGUACGUUGAGAGCCUAACCUUAACAUGGAAGUUUUGCCAAGAAAACCAAUAAGUGUGUUUCCCUUAAAGUCUGAAUAUUUCUUUAAAGUAAUCAAUCAUAAAAUGACUUGAUCUGAAUUAUACCAGGAGGACAACUGUACUGUAUAUGUUCAGAAGACUUUAAACAAAUAAGCUCUUAUUCUGUCUGUUAUGGGCCAGCAGAGUUGCUACACUAACUAGGUUUACUUUUGAAGUCUCAUCUCAUAGCUGAAAGAAAAGUUAAACUUAACCAUGGACCUGUAAUCUGUGUGAGUUGCUUUUAGUGGGCAAGAGCGUUGUCCAUGCACCAGAUAGUGCCUCCCUCUCUUCACCUCUUUUUCUUCUCCCCGCUCCUCGUCAUCGCCUUCAACAUGAACACUAAAGUUAGCCACAUGUGUCCUAGAUUAAGCUUUUAUGUAGAGUGAAAGUAGGUGUUCAAAUUCUUUUUUUUUAUAUCGAUUAACAAUGUUUUGGAGAGUGAAUAUUAUCAAUGAUGCUAUAUAGUAUGUUGGUAUAGCCUAUAGAAGUACAGUACAGCUUAUAUCUCAUUAUCAUUGACUGUAAAUGUGGCUUUUAAAAACAAUCCCCUCUCAGCUUUUGUACUGUAGCUGCUUGAUAUUUGACAGCCUGAUGCUUGUGUCUACAAACAGUACAGUAUAGUUAGCUUGCAGAUGUUGUAACUUUUAUGUGCCGGGAUGGCUUCUAGUUACUUUUACCAGCUGUUUACUUUGCACUAUACCAAGAUGACACCAAGUAUUUGAACCCCAUAUCAAGGGAGAGGUUAUUACGAUUCAUUUCUACCCCUUAAUUUCUAAUGAAAGAGAUAUUAUGACACUGCAAAUUAAAGACAUGGUCAGCCAGCCAUUUUGUCUGACCAGAUUUCUUAAAGAAUCUGACCCGCAAUCAGUUCAAAGAAAGUAUUAAGGACUUGUUACACCACAGGCCAACCAACCUGCUGAGCAAUGCAGCCUGAUACUUAAAACAUCAGAUAUUUUACAUCUUCUUUGUUGCCGUGUGAGACUUCUCUAAAGAUACUCAGCCUGCUAAUGACACGAGGUGGGUUGAUUACUAAAUCUUUGUGUCAUCUUGCUAUAACCUUUAUUUGUUUUGUAAAGUGCAUACUGACAUAUUCUGUACUCGGCCUGCCAGAGUGGAAGACAAAUGUAGAAUUUUAUUUAUAGAUUUUAAAGGAUGGAUUAUGUUGUUAAAGAAUAUUGCACUCAUGCACAAGGCAUCUUUAUUUACUAUGAUUUUAUACGAUGGUGUUUUAAGAAUGUAUGAAAAAGCUGGUCUGUGUUAAAACCUAUUACAACCCUGUCCCAAAAAGGCGGUGAUUUGUGCCAUUUGGUUUUUUUUUUUAACCCUAGCUAUCAAACCUUCAACAACACGGCACCAAUUGGCAUUGGAUUUUUGUGUACAUCUUGGAGAUGAUUUGCAAUGCUUCCAGCUCAAAUAUUUCAAGAAUAUCAUGUUUAAAAAGAAAAAAAAACAGAGUGAGACAGCUUUAGUGCACUGGCCUAUAAUUGUUCAAGGUAACUGAGUUGAUCAUUUUGUAUUUGGCUGCUUUUUAACCGUCAUAGCUCUGGAUCAAAGCAUGCAGGUCCACUUCUCUUCUGCUGUCCCUCUCUCCUGCCUUAUAGCUUGCUAAUGACAACACCCCCCCUGAGCCCCCCACCCCUCCUGAAGUGCUUAUUGUAAAGUAUUGUCAUUCAUGAUCCUUGUAAUGACUAACUGGAAACCUUCCUCUUGGCUCUGUCUUGUAUAUAAAUGGAGAUUUUCUGUGUCGGCUCUCAUCACACAGAUGAUAUUAACUCUCUCUUCCUGUGUAUACCAUGAUGAAUAAGAAUAAAGGGCCUGCUGCUCUGUCAGGUGUCACCUCAAA